CCUACCUCUCAUUUCUUCCCUUUCCUCCUCCUACCUUCCUCUUUAUCUAAUUAGCGGUUUUCCAGCCAUGUUGUCCACUUUUCCCGCCUUGUCGGCCUCCGACGGAUUGUUCGGAAUCCCAUUUCCGGCUUUCGAAGGUGGUUUUACCCCUUGGGAAUGCCAGGAACCCCUUUUUGCCUUUCCACAUGAGCUUGAACCGGUACUUUCUCCCCCAACCCCCCAAGAACCGGUCAUGUCCAAUUCCGGUUCGGACAACUCGAGCCCGAAGCAGGUUACUUCGAACUCAUGUUCCGGUCCGGAUGAACUGAACCUGCCCCAGAAAAUUUGUGGCUCCGGUUCAGAUGACCCAGACCCAAACCGGCCCAAGAAAAAUUGUGGCUCCGGUUCGGAUGACCCGAGCCGGGUUGAUUCCGUUGUUGUUGACGAGCGGAAGAGGCGUCGGAUGAUAUCGAAUCGGGAGUCGGCGAGGCGGUCUCGGAUGCGAAAACAGAAACAUUUGGAGAACUUGAGGACCCAAGUGAACCGGCUACGAAUCGGGAACCGGGAACUGACGAACCGGUUCCGUUUGGUUACGCAACAUUGCCACCUUGUAGGGAGAGAUAACGACCGGCUCCGGUCGGAGUCGGAGGUCCUCCGGCGAAAACUAUGGGACUUACAUCAAGUUCUGCAAGUCCGGCAACUUCAACAGUUCGCUGCUCUCUCUGCAUGGCCAUGUAAUAACACUGUUACGUCCAUGGACGAACAAAACCACCCACCAUCAUAAAUCAACUAAAUCAAUCAUAAAAACCACCUCAUGAUUAAUCUUUAAAACUUGAUCAACCAAAUCUCUCUCUCUCUCUCUCUCUCUGGGAUCUGUAAAUUAAAAGCUGCUAAGAAUUGGUGGGGUUUUUUUAGUGAUUUUUGAAAAAGGGUUGUUUGUUUGCUGAGAAAAAAAAAAAAAAAAAAAAAAAAAAAUGGGUGGUUUUUGGCAAAACCAGAGUUAUGAUCUUGUAAAGCUUUUAGUCAGUGUUUGGUUUAUCAGAUUUAAUUAAAGCCUUUUUCGUGUAUUAAUUAGUUUGUUGGUUGCACGGCGUUUUAAAAGCCUUUUAACUAGUUAAUUUUGCUUUACGAAUUGAAGUUUCAAUUA